UAUCGACUAUACGUGUGAAAAUCUCAUCAUCCUCAUCCUUUUCCUAACAAACACUCUUCUCAUUUUCCUAUAAUAACAACAUUUCCAUUUUCUUAUUCUUCCAAUCUCUUCUUUCCACCAUCUCUCAUGAGUUUCUUCAAAUCCGUUUUCUCCGACGACCCUAACCCUUCACCUCCCGAAUCCAACAAUGCUCCCCACCGCGAGUCGCCAAACGCGCCGCUCAGUCCUUCCGCCGCGUGGAAGAAUCUCGGCAGCCUAAUCAAAACCCUCAGCGAAAAAUCAGAAACCGUGAUCGAUAUCUACCGUCGCGAUCUUCAUGAAUUUGGCACAGGUUUGAAGAAGGAGAUUGAGGUCGCUCACGGCUCUCUCGAAACGGUGGGACACGUCAUCGACCGAUUUGGGAACACCGUGAUUAAAGGAACGGCUCAGAUUAUAUCUCAUGGCAAAGACGUGAUCCUUGAUUCUGAUUCCGAUUCGGAUAACAGCAAUAAUAAUAAUAAGAAUAAGAAACAGAGUGGUUCGAAUUCGAAGGUGUAUUGUAGAUUUGAUUCUCAGGUUCGUGCGAUUCAGGGUGAUCCUAAGACUUUCACGGAAGAACCGUUUGAUUUGGAGCGGUAUAAUAAGUGGAAAUUGGAGUUUUCGUUGGAGGGGAAGAAUGAAGAAAUGGAAGGGCUUCUAAAAGAGAAUGAGGCUAUGGAGAGUGUUUAUAAGAGGGUUGUUCCUAAUGUUGUUGAUAGUGAAACUUUUUGGUUGAGGUAUUAUUAUAAGCUUUAUAAGGUUAAGAAAGCUGAGGAUGUUAGGGCUAGGCUUGUGAGACGAAUGAAGAAGGAAGAGGAAGAAGAGUUGAGCUGGGAUGUUGAAGAUGAUGAUGAUGAUGAUGAUGAUGAUGAUGAUGAUGAUGAUGAUGAUGAUGAUGAUGAAGAUGAUGAUGAUGAUGGUGAUGACCACGAGCAUGAUGAAGAAGAUGAUGAUGAUGAGAAGAAUGGAAGAGAGGGUGGUGAGGAUUUUAAGAUGAAAGAUGGUGGUGUGAAAAUUAAGAGAUUGGAUGAUUCUGAUGAGGAAGAGUCUAAAGUUGAAAAGAGAAAUAGUUUAUCAGAAAACAAGAUGAAGGAGGAAUCAAAAGUUGAUGAGAAUUUGGAGGUUGUUCAAGAGAAGAGUGAUGGAGGACAAGUGGAUGAUGUUAAGGAUUCUGUAGUUGAUUCGGACAAGAGAAUGACAGUGGAGAGUAAUGUCGGUGAUGGAAAGUCAUCGCCGGUUGUAAGUAAGGACAAGGAGCGUGAGGAAUUGGAGGAGAAAGAUCUUGAGUGGGAUGAGAUUGAAGAACUUGGUAGAAUUGAUGACAAGAAGGCAACGGGGAGUGGUAGUCCAAGUAAAAUUGAUAUACGGAAGCGGCUGAGUUCGGCCGCGGAAGAAGAAGACUUGAGUUGGGAUAUUGAAGAUGAUGAUGAUGAGCUUACCAAGGCUUGAGGAAACAUGAACAAGUUACCUCUUCAAAGAAGUUGAUAAUGCAACCAUUUGGCCUUGUGUACUCUGGAAUUAAUUGCCACUGAAUAAGGUGAUCAAUGACACCAUGAAGAAGUGAUGGAAUUGGCUCAAUUUUGCCUGUACACCAAAACAGAAGGAAAAAAAGCAGAAAUUUAUACUAUUCUUACUAU